AUGGAUAUUCACACCGAGAGUAGCGGCAUAGAUUCGUCGCCGGAUAUGAACUCGAGUGUGGAGAUGAACUCAUCGCCACACCGUUCGUCGGUCGUACUGCCCCGCAAGCUAUCCUUUUCGGGGAAUUCCCCUGAACCAGCGAUGGAACCAGCUACCCACAAGCUACGCUCAGAUUCGCCACCGUACCGGAAGGUGCAGGCCCUGCGACUGUUCGAUACACCGGCCACACCGAAAACGAUCCUCCAAAAGUCCACCAACACAAUGUUCCGCCGGCAGGUGUUUGGCCGCGGUGGCUCGACAUCACUGUAUCCGCCGAAGCCCCUCGGAGCGGAAACGGAUCUGCUGGCCAAACCGAUGGACGGUGGGUUACCGAUUUUCAUCGCCGACAAGCCCAAACCGGUGCCUCUGCUCCGUCGCUACGACGUUGAGUUGCCGCAGGCUAACGUGAACCCAUUUACGCCGCCUGCUAUGUUUAUGCGAACGAAGAAACGCACCCGCCAGGAUGGUCCCGAAAGUGCCAAAGCCACCCUUGGCACCAACAGCUUUUCGACACUGUUUCCUAGCAACCGGAUCAAUAAAUCCCGGCUGCCGUUUGGUGGACCGAUGACGCCUUUCACGAUGAGACAAGCGAAUGAUCCCACGACUAACCAUACGCUUAAGCUGUUCAACAUGGUCGAAGACGAGCAGGGCGAGUUCCGUCAGGCCCCGAAGCGGCUUGCCCUGCAGGACUCCAACAUCUCCCGGUACGAGAAGGAGUUUAUCCAGCUGUCGCUGCUCGGAACGGGCGAGUUUGGGCAUGUGUACCAAUGUCUGAACCGGCUGGACGGGUGUAUCUACGCCAUCAAGAAGAGCAUCCGGCCAGUUGCUGGUAGUUCGUUCGAGAAGACAGCACUCAACGAGGUGUACGCGCAUGCCGUGCUUGGUAAGCACGAUAAUGUGGUGCGUUACUACUCGGCCUGGGCGGAAAAUAACCACAUGCUCAUCCAGAACGAGUACUGCAACGGAGGCAGCUUGCAGACGGUGCUGCAGGAGCGUUGUCUGAAGGAGUCGGAACUGCGUACGUUGCUGUUGCACAUCGCCGAGGGUCUUAAGUACAUCCACUCGAACGAUCUCGUGCACAUGGACCUGAAGGCGGGCAACAUCUUCCUCUCGAAGACGCCACUGCGCUCGGGUGCGUCACUGCACGGUGCUGGUUCCAUGCCACCGGUGGCAGAUUGUCCCGACGAUGGGUUCGAGGAUGUGUACGAUGAUCUGGAGAACGAGUUCAUGGUGACGUACAAAAUUGGCGACCUGGGACACGUGACAUCGAUCAACGAUCCGCAGGUGGAGGAGGGUGACUGUCGUUACCUAUCGAACGAGAUCCUGCAGGAGGACUACGCGAACCUGGCCAAAGGUGACAUUUUUUCACUUGGGAUCACACUGUACGAAGCGGCUGGUGGAGGCCCGCUGCCGAAGAAUGGCACCGGGUGGCACCAGCUACGAAGUGGCCAGUUCCCCGAUCUGCCCAACAUCGGAAAGGACUUCAACGAUCUCAUCAAGCAGAUGAUGCACCCGAAUCCGGAGAAGCGCCCGUCGUCGUCUACGAUAUUUAAUCAUCCAGUGCUAUCACCGAUUGACUCCAAGACCAAAGCGCAGCUGUGCCUGGAGCUUAGCAUGGAGCGCCAGAAGAAUGAGGUGCUGAUAAGGAAGCUGAAGGAGCAGACCAAGCUGCUGAAGUCGCUCGAACAGCAGUCCACUACACCAGUUUCCGUCACUAGAAAGACGCGUUCCACCGCGCAAUCCCUCGAACUAUCUACCUCGGAUCGGAAGCUGCGCUCGUACUCGCGAAAGAAGCGCACCACCAAUCUCAUCCCGAAUCGAAGAGGCAUCCGUGAUAACAGCAAAACUAAAGAUUAUUAG